AUGUCUGGGCUAGCGAAACUGAAGUCGUGGCUGUAUAAGGGUUCCCUCUUUAUAUCAUUGAUACUUUUGAUUGGGUUUUCAGUAGUAUUGCCUAUAGAUUCCAUUGCACAGGCUUCUAAAUCAGAGAACAAUGCUUUCAACACAUUUAUUGUUGUUGGUGCCUUAGUUGUUUUUGGUGUUGUUUGUAUCGUUAUUAUUAUUGGAAGAGUGCUAUUUCACAAAAGCUGUCUAAAGGAUAUUCCAAGAAGAUAUAUUCCGAUCACACCAGCUGAUCUUCCGCAUCUUGCGAGUCGAGAAGCAGUAUUGAAAAACAUGGAAAGGUCUAAGGAAUUAACUAUUCUGCUAAAAAAACCAAAGGAUCCUGUUAUCCAUGAUGGACUGGAACCUCCAAAGCGAUGUGAUUUUCCAUCAAAUGAAAAAUUAUUUCCAGAAUACCUAAAUUAUGCUGAUUGUAUAAAAAGUCUAACGGAUAGAUUGAAAUACCAUGGGUUGUUUCUGAACAACCUAGAUGUUAGGAUGAAACUGGAGGACACUUUUGCUGAUGUGGUGAAUUCUCAGUUUGUUAACCGCAAUACUAACAAGGUUCAAUUGCAAAAGGCUAAAGAUUUUAUUGACUUGUAUGAAACGAUAAGAUUUUCAGGCAAAGAUGUCACAAGAGACCAAUUUAUACUGUUUGUUGAGCUGUGUCUUUAUUUUGGGGAGGUGUCACUAACAAGGGAUACGUCAUUUGCAAAUUUCCAGAAUUUUAAAUAUAAUGCCAGUUCAAAUAAUGGCGGAACGAAUGAAUCGAAAUAUUCAAUAAACCGGUUCGAUGAAAACGAAUACGCUCAGGAAGAUAUGCAUUACUUUCCUGAACCGCCUACCCAUUUGGUUAGAGAGAGUAGCAGAAGCACAGUGGCACGGCAUAUUUCAUCUGGUGGAGAUUUACCUAAUUCUGAAGAGCAUCCUUUUGAAGACGAUUCUGAUUGUAAUGGGCUUAAUGACAAACUUGCAGAAGUUCACAGUUAUAGAAGCGUAAUUCGUCAUUAA